GGAAGAAGCUCUUCGGCCGCAAAAUUGCACUCCGCACGCCAUUCUCUCCGCAAAUCCCUGGAUAUUGUUGGAUAUGGACUUUCGGAAUUCUUGCGCUUCUUGAACCGGACUAUUGAAAUUUGGGUAUAUUGCGAGCCAUAAUGCUGAAAUCUACGUAUACCCCUCCCCCUCCUCUACCACCGGGGUGGACAGAGCAUCGGGCUCCUUCAGGUCAUCUAUACUACUACAAUGCGCAGACAAAGAAGUCCACCUACACCAGACCGACCGCGCCCCCAGCUCAACCUCAACAGCCCUUUCCCACCCCAGUGGCCGCUCAGAGCGCUCCAUUCCUAACCCCAGACACCUUACCGCCAUUCUCUUCGACCCCGUACGCACCCGGACUGGGGAUACCAUCCCAAGAAAUUCCUCACCGUGGUCACAAUCGCGGAGGUUUUCGCGGAGGAAGAGGAGGGUUUAAUGACCGCAGAAGCCGAGGGCCUGAAGAUCGGCCAAAGUCCAAGCAUACGAUACCGGGGUGUGCGCCGUGGGUCCUUGUAAAAACAAAACUUGGGAGGAGAUUCGUCCACAAUCCGGAAACCAAUGAAAGUUUCUGGAAAUUCCCCGAAGAUGUUCUGAAGGGGGUUGUGGAAUACGAUCGUCUAGAAAGGGAAGAAAAGGAGAGGAAGGAACGCGGCGAGGAUGCUGAGGAACCUGUCAAAUCCAAACCCGAAGCGGAAUCGGACCUAGUGGGUGGAAGGGAAAGUGACCGCAAAGAAGCCCUCGUCACAGGCGGUGCCGAGGAAGACAGUGACGAGUACGAAGAAGUCGAAGUCACAGACAGUGAGGAGGAAGAUGGUCAACCUACGAAACGCCCGAAGACCGAAGACGAUUUUGGGCAGCAACAGCCAAUGGAAUUUACGGAGGAAGAUUUCGAAUAUCAGCUAGCUGCGAUGGGCGAGGACUACGGGCUUGACCCUGGCGAGUACGGCGAGCUGGGAGAAGGCGAUUGGGAAGAAGGUGCCGAAGGGCUGCCGCUUACGGACGAGGAUGCCACAGCUCUAUUCCGAGAUCUACUCGAUGACUACCAUAUAAACCCAUAUUCGACCUGGGAAAACAUCAUUGAACAGGGCCACAUCAUAGAGGACUCCCGAUACACCGUGCUGCCCAACAUGAAAGCUCGCCGUGAAGUGUGGUCCAACUGGAGUCGCGAUCGAAUUCAAGUGCUCAAGGACCGCAAAGAGAAGCAGCAGAAGGAAGACCCACGCAUUAAGUAUCUGGCGUUCCUUCAAGAAUACGCAACGCCGAAACUAUACUGGCCCGAAUUCAAGCGCAAAUAUCGAAAAGAGCCUGAGAUGAAAGAUUCAAAGCUAUCCGAUAAGGACCGAGAAAAGUUCUAUCGCGACCUGGUUUCUCGGCUGAAACAGCCCGAAAGCACUCGCAAGUCAGACCUGUCUGCCUUGCUCAAAUCUAUUCCAUUGUAUGAGUUGAAUCGCUCGUCGAGUCUGGAAGCUCUUCCACCUUCCAUCGUUACCGAUCUGAAGUACAUUGCGCUGGCACCCAAAGUGCGCGAUCCUCUCAUUGAAACCUACAUAACCACUUUGCCUCCAGCUCCGGAACAGGAAAAUAUGACUGCUGAACAGCGAGAGGAACUGGAGAAGAAGAGACUGGAGCGUGAAAAACGGGAGAGGGCGUUGGCAGAACGCGAGAAACAGGUGCAGGAAGAGAAACGAAGACAAAGAGGGGACCUUGUGCGUGGCAAACAUCUCUUGAGAGAGGGUGAAGCAGAGGUUGAAGAAGCUAUGAAGGUGGGCCGAGCAGGACUCCAAAGCUACGUUGAUGCCGACAAAGAGACAUCAAAGGAUGGGGAUCAAGUGGAACACAAUUAACUAUAGAACGUAGCUUAAAUCCACAUUAUCUGAUAUAAUACAUGGUCAUAUCAUUCAUCCUGUUUCCCUGCCAGAUGGACCGUUUUCGUUUUGCCCAACCAAGUCAAGUACAUUCACAAGGUUGCCAAUUUCAAUUCAUGAUCCAGCGGUUGGGGUUCAGACAAGCAUUCUGAUACAUUAGGGGGGGGGGGGGGGGGGGAUAAUCAACAAUUUUUGUGACUUCAUAUAGCUCAUGGGGUAUCAAUGUAAACAUGAACAGUCCAAGACCUCCUUUGUAAAAGUUGACGCCUUUCCGUUUUUCCAGUUCUGUAUUACCUAAAUCUCCAAUUAUCCCAUUCGUCAUCAUCGUCAUCGUCGUCAUCAUCAUCUUCCUCUUCGUCCUCGCUGUCAUUCUUCUUGGUUUGAUCCUCCUGAAGCUCCCCGGUGGAAGUAGACAAGUCCAUCUGGUUGGUAUCUGUACCGUCCACGGCUCGCUUCUUCCUCAACUCCUCCCGCAUGUGUUUCAAUCGUCUGACACGCUCCUCUAGUUGAUCCAUUUCAUCAAAUUCAUCCUCCAUGAAUCGUGCGGCAUCUUCACGUUCCCCUUCAGCCUCGGCUUCGCGAGACCGGGCGGCCGUUUGGUUGUCUCGCUCUUGCUGCGCAGCAAGCUGUUCGGUUGUGAUGGGAGCCGCCGUUAUAGUGGCUGACGCGGCAAGCGCAGCGGGCGCCUGUGAGACUCGAGUUGGGGCCACUACAUCCCGUUCGAAGGCGGCCCAUUCAUCUUCGUCGACGGCCUGCUUGGGGGCCUCUGUAGGUGGAUUCAAAGUUACAGCAGGUGAUUCGGAUGGCUGUGCGCUCACUUGCUCCGUGUCAGGCACGACGUCUUCCGCGGGUGGUAGUUCCGGGCCAGCAGCCUCAUGAUCUGAAUGUUCAAUGCUUUCAUCUGCCUCCAGCGCCUGGGCACUUGGAGGCUGUACUGUUUGGGCAUGCGCCAGCAGUUGAUCACCGUUUGUCUGUCUCAACUUUUUGCGCGUCAGGUCUUCGCCGGAGUCUACCUUUCGCUUCUUCGUGACGCGGUUUGGUGCUCUCCCUGUCUGGGAUGAUGAGCCCUUGCGGGAGGCAAGCUCGCUUCUUAGUAACGAUCGAACAUCUGCCAUGAUAGGGGUAUAGUGGUAGAAAUAGGAAGAGGAAGAGACGUCCGAGGGAUGCUACAAGGUAGAGUUAAAGAGUAAUUUGAAGAUGAGAAAGAUCGAGAAAGAAGAGGAUGUGGGGAUCUGGAGAAAGCCGUCGAAGGCGCCGAAAAAUA